CAGUCAGAAAAGAAAAACGUUCACUAGACUGGUUUAUGCGCUUCACGUUAAACCAAAUAACAACGUCAGUGACCAUCCAAAUAUUUCGCGAACGUUAGUGACGCUCGCUGACGCUGAACACGGAAUAGUACUUUAAUUAUUUUUAGGAAAGGAAAAAGAAGCGGUACAAAACAUUGUGGCAAAUGUAGCAAAAAUGGGUUUUAGGGGAAAAAGAGGUGGUGGUCGUUUUCGAGGGAAAAAAAGAGGAACUAUUUCAAAUGUAUCACAAGCACAAAGACAUCAUUUUCGUCAAUUUGGUGAAUGUCACCCAUCGGAAAUACGAGGAGAAGUGAAAAAAUACACAAAAGUUGAGGACUCUGUUGCUGCACCUACAGCAAAAGUUGAACCUGUACUUGAAAGUUCUUCUGAGAGUGAGGAGGAAACGUCAUAUCAACAACUAAUAUCUUCUAUUGGCCAGACAGCCAAGGAUCAUUUUGAAUCAUCAGGAGAAGAUGCUGAUAGUGGUGCACAGUCAGGUGAUGAUGAUAUUGGUGAUGAGGAUGAUGUAGAGGAUGAUGAUGAUGAUGUAGCAGAUGAUGAUGGAAGUGAUGUACACGAAGAUGGAAGUAAUGUGGAUAGUAACUUGGAUGAAGAUGAUGUUGAUGAGGAUAUUGAUCAUGGAAGUGAACUGGAAGAUGCUAGUAAAUCAGACUCCAGUAGUGAUGGGGAAGAAAAUGACAGAGAUGAACAAAAGAAAACUGUUAAGUUACUAAGAACAAAAAGAAAAAGAAAGUUAUCUGAAUGUGUUUCGAGUUCUGAAGGGGAGGAAGACAAGGACAACCCAGAGAUAUGUUUAAAAGAAUCAGAUCCAUUCAGUAUUCACUUUGAGAGAGAUCUUGCUGAGGAUGUUGCAGAAGAACUAAGUGACAAAAUGAAAUGGGAGAAGGAGGAGAUAAUGAUGCCAGGUAUUGGUAAAGCUUUUCUGCAGCGGCUAAAGCCCGACCUACUUCCAAAGUCUGAUGUGUCUGAAAAGAAUUUAGAAAAAUUAAAUGUCAAACAGAGAUUGUGUGCUCAAGUUCAAGAGACUAACCGUACACUAUGUCAAAUGGACGAGUCUGGUGGUAAAUUAUCUACUUUACAGCUAUCAAUGUUCAGAGUACUGAAUACUUACCAGGAUGUACAGUUUCCAUUCAGAGAUCUUGUGAAUGGAGAAAAGCUGCGAUUAGUUUACUGUCUACACGCCCUAAACCAUGUCCUCAAGUCCAGAAGUCGUAUAAUAGCUCAUAAUGCCAAAUUAAAGACAAAGCAAACAUCAGGGGAUGAAGAUUACCGAGACCAGGGCCUCACACGACCCAAAGUUUUGAUUGUUCUGCCGUUCAGACAGUCAGCGCUCAAAGUGGUCGACAUUCUUACAGACUUGAUCAAAGACCAAGGCAAAGUAACAGUCAGCAGUAGAAAGCGGUUUAAGUCUGAGUAUGGAGCUGAAAAUGAUGAAGAUUUCAGAAAGGGACUAAAACCAGAGGACUACGAAGCCACGUUCACUGGAAACAAUGAUGAUCAUUUCCGGAUAGGAAUCAGUGUGUCUAAAAAAUCUCUGAAGCUGUAUUCUCCAUUCUACUCCUCGGAUAUCAUCCUGGCUUCACCGCUGGGGCUUCGCACAGUCAUUGGGGCUGAAGGAGAGAAAGAUCGAGAUUAUGACUUUCUUUCUUCAAUAGAGAUUCUAAUCCUGGAUCAAGCAGACAUUUUUCUUAUGCAGAACUGGGACCAUAUUUUACAUACAUUCAACCAUCUUCAUCUUCAACCAAAGGAAUCCCAUGGAGUUGACUUCUCACGUGUGCGAAUGUGGACGCUAAAUGGAUGGUCCAGGUUCUACCGACAGACUAUUAGUUUGAGCUCGGUGUUUUGUCCCGAGAUCAAUGCUGUUUUCAACAAACACUGCUACAAUUAUGCAGGUAAAAUUCAGUUCAUCCGCAAGCCAGAAAAUGGUGCCAUCUGCCAGAUCAUAGCUCAGUUGCCACAGAUUUUUCACAGACUGGAAUGUUCCAGUUACAAUCAGCUGUCUGACACCAAAUUUAACUUCUUCAUCAAGAAGUUACUGCCUCAUCAUAAGGACCCUGUGAUGUCCCAGACAUUUGUAUUCCUCCCAUCCUACUUCGACUUCGUGCGAGUCAGAAACUACUUCAAGAAGGAAGAUGUCAAUUUUGUGCAUCUUAAUGAAUAUGCAUCAGACAAAGGAAUCACUCGUGCUCGAUGUGAUUUCUACCAUGGGAAGGCUCACUUCAUGCUCUAUACCGAGCGACUGCAUUUCUACAGAAGAUUUAAGAUUCGUGGUAUAAAGCAUCUGAUAUUUUAUGGCCUUCCUCAGUACCCACACUUCUAUUAUGAACUGUGCAACAUGAUCAAGGACCCGAAACGUCGGACAGACUGUGACAAUGCAACCUGCACUGUGAUGUACUCGAAGUAUGAUGCCCAGCGACUGGCAGAAGUUGUGGGUUCAAACAGAGCGUCACUGAUGCUGAACUCAGAGAAAUUGGUUCACAUGUUUGUCACUGGAGAAGAUGAUUGAUGCUUCCUGUGCAUUCAGAUCUUGGUUCUUAAUGUAUCAAGGUAAAAAAAAAAAAAAACCCAGAAAAACUCAAACUCACCUCAUUCCGAAUGAUAUUCAAUGAGAAUAAGCACAUUUCAUAACAUGUGAUGUCCUGUCUGUAGACAUGUAUAAAACACUCCCUGGCUACUAAUUGGAAGGCAUAGCCUUUGUGGCAGAAGCUGGUUUCUUUACUAAUGCUUUAGACCAGUUAUUAUAAUUAUCUAUGAUGAUAUUAAACAUUUGGUUUAUUUCCUUAUCAAAAGGGGAAAGAUUCUGUAUCAACAGCCAUAGUGUGCUAUGGGAAAAUGCAUAUAAAUAUUCCCUUCCUUUGAAAUAAAAAUAAGAAAGUAGCUUAUACUAUAUACUGUUGUAAUGAAUGCUAAGGAGUUGUUGAUGAUAACAAUUCAGUUUGUACAUAUUGCAGGUUGCUCAAAAUGUAAUUAAAAUCAAAAGUUAGUAAGAAGUGAGGUUACGGUUUAAAAAAUUAAAAUUGCUAUUAUGUAUAUUAAAUAUAUGUCACAUUAUUAUUACCAAGUGAAAUAUUUUAUAGCAGAAUUCAUGUGUAAAAAUAUUUAUUAUUGUAAAUAGCUUUAUUUCAUUAAUAAAAUAAUUAGGAUUUUAGGUCACCUGUUGUUUUUCUUUGUAUUAUUUUUUCAUACAACACCAAUGGGCAUUCAUUCAUAGCCAUGGAAAUAAAAAUUAUAAUCAUGAAUUGGUGCAAAGUACAGUUGAUCAAUUUAAUGCUUACAAACAAAUGACUUUGCCGGUACUAAAUAUGACAUUUGGCAAACAUAGACAAUGAUGUUACAUAGUCUAAAGUGUUUGUAUUUACACCUCUCAGUUUUUAAGUUUUAAAUUUAAAAUAAAAUGCUCUUUUAAUACAGUUCAUUGAAGAAUAAACCAAACUUUCCUUUUUGAUAAUUAUUUGCAUUUGUGAAUAAGAGUUAUAGUUAUACUCAGUUUUGUGAAGUUUUUAUUAAAAUUUAGUCAGGUACUCAUAUGGGUAACAAAAAUGUAGGUUUUUAAUACUAGGAAGCUGAGGUAAUAAUACUGAAAGCCAAAAGAAACUAUACACAUGGUUUUUGGCUUAGCAGACUCUGCAGAGCGAGUUUAUUCUAGUAGCACUGCUACGGGCCCUGCAGUGAUGUGUACAUUUAUGUUCCCCGAUCCCCGAGGGGGUUGCAAAAUAUAUAUCUUGGGAAGGGGCCUCGCUAUUAUUUGUGCUACAGGCCCCGCGAAUCUUUAAACCGGCUCUGAAACCGUGUCAGAUAUUUGAGUGUAAAUAAAUGAUAAAAACCU